UCCUUCAACAUACACAACUCCUCACAUUGUUAACCUCUCAAACAACACAUUACUCUUCUCUAUGGCUUGAUUACCUCAGCUGCUCUGUGUCGUAAAUUACAGUCAAAGUCUUUUCUGUUCAUUUUUCUAAUUUCCUCGUUAAAUUUUAUGUUGUGGGUAAAGAAACCCUUCAACAAAGGUUUCAUUGUUCGUUCAUAGGAGUUGGAAGGCGUGAAGAUGAUUGGAUUUGGAUCCAACGACUCAUUUGAAGUCAAAACCGUUACAUAUGACGGAUCAGAUGUACAAAAUGUUGUUAGGAGCAGCGGCAAAUUGAUUCCGUCUAUCGCCAUUUCUGGACAGCGAUCAAAGGAAAUCGACAACGCGGUUUUUGAAGAUAUUUGCAUGCAUUGCAACGAGACUGCAACGAAUUUAACACUAAAUUAUAUGGAACUGGAUGUCGAUCGCAUCACCGUAUUCAGUAAAUUAAGUAAGCUGACUCUCUACUAUUGUGACCUGAGUUACGAGUUUGUCAAAUUUGACCAAUGGUGUCCCAACCUAACCAAAUUGGAAAUCAAAAACAUUGAUUUUGGUAACGACGAAUGGUAUGAUGAUUGGCUGGCAUUGAUUGAAACUCACAAAUCAGUGACGUUACGAAGCUUAAGUUUGGAAGCUGGCAUCGACGAUGUAUUCGCAUACUUCAAACUCAUGGAAAACCAAUUUCCACGACUGCAAAGUCUCUUUUUGUACUUUGGCACAGAGACCAAUUUUACAGCAGGUCGAACACUGUUGUCUAGAUUUUCAGGUCGAAAUGAUAAGUUUCUUACCGAUGCAGAGAGAACCUACCGCCCGAUGUAUUUUAAUCAAUUGAAAAAGUUGAAAAUCUUCGCUUACGGACAGUGCGAAGAGAUUUUCAAUUUCCUGAAAAUAUCCAACAAAAAGCUCACCGAACUGGAAUUCUGUGGCAUGAUUGCUGACGACUUGGUGAUUCAAUCACUACUCAACUAUUCAAAGUUGAGCAAAUUACAGCUGGGUUGCUCGUACGUGGAAGAAGAAGCAUUGAAUCAACUGCCUGGUCAUUUACCGAAACUGAUGAGCCUGACGCUCGAUACAAAAUAUUUGUACUGGAACCCGGUGAGCAUCAUCAAAUUCAUGGAAGAUGCGCUGCGAUUACGUCGAUUGAUCGUGACAGUCGAUCGGAACAAUAACAAUUUUCGACUCGACGACGCAUUCAAAAAUCGAUUCCAAGCGCUUGUGGAUGGCGGUCGACGAUUCUUGCAGUUGAACAUCACAUUUUUUGAGUCAUCGCACUCGAUUAAAUUCUCUCGAAAGGCAUUGCUUGACAACAUAGAUGAACUGGAUUCGGAUGAUACGAAGGAUGAUGAUUGGUUGAUGUAGUUUUAUUUGUUAAGGGAGCAAAGGCAUCCUAACGUUGACUAUUUUAAAGAUUUUACGGAAUGUUCAAAAACGUU